CAUGUACACUCUCAAAACAGACUACAGACAGACACACAACUAUGCAACAACGAAGACAAGAAACUACGUAGACGAAACGAAACGCAACAACACGGCCAAGACGAUAUGAUGCCGAUGUGAUAUCAGUGAUCACGUUCUCAAAAUAAGAACAACAGUAGCCGAAGAAAAAUAAAAACCCUUUGGACAAUAAGGCAACAACAAAACAAAACAAAACAAAACACAAAUACAAUAACCUCUACGAACGAUCAACGAAUCGAUCUCCUCUCAGUCUUUACCUUCUCGUUCUCAUUUUCAUCCUCACUAUCACACCUUCACAAUUUACAACACCGUGAAAAACUGUGAAUGGAUCUGUGCAUCUGUAUCUGUGUUGUACUCUUUGUAUCUAUACACACUCUGGGAUUCAAAACCUACCUAUCUGCAAGAGUCCAAGAGGUAUCAAGCAAACUAGCAACUCAGAUGAAGAUGAUGUUGGUGGUAGUGGUAGUGGUAGUGAUGACAUAGUAAUGGUGGUUUUGAUCAUGAUAGAGGAUGGUGGACUGAUGGUGGCGGUGGCCGGCGGUAGUGCUUAUAGAGUUCUGCAACAGCAACACACGAUAUACAAAUUUAGGACCUGAACAUGUGUUUUGUUUUUUUUUUUUUUGUUUUCUUUUGUUUUUUUCUUAGGAGAGCCAAUAUUCUCUAUAUAUGUGAGAGUAUUAGUGAUCAAACCAAAAACCAUUGCUGAACUGAAACCCCAGAAAGAGAGUGUUGGAAAUAAGUGUCGCUAGUGACUGCUGCUCUGACUGGUGAGACCGCUGUUUUAGCCCCGUUUUUGGAGUCUGUGUUAGUAUUGCACCGAAGUCGAACCUGUUAAGGGAUACCUUCCUAUUAUAUCUCUAUCUGUCUGUGUUUUGUUCAAAACAUUUUGUAUUUUCUUGCUUUUUGUUGCUCAGCUUAAGAGGACAGUCAACACCAACGAUCCUUUUAUUUUUAUGUAGGCCGACAAAAAUAAUGUUUUGCGUUUAUUCUUAUCUUUUCGAAACGAAAUAAUAAUUAAAAAUUUUAUACUAUAUUGGCUCUUAUCUCAAUUAAACUUAAAACAUUAAAAACAAAAUAACAAAUAACCCAAAAACGUCCAAAUCUCCUAAAAGUUUCAAAACGCCCAUUGUUUUUGUAUUUUGAAUUUGAUAUUGUUAAGUGAUAAGAAAAAAUAUGUUUACAAAAAAAAUAAUCGCUAUGUCAAUAUUCUUCGGUAGUGUUUUUUAAAAUCCCAACCCGGGCUAUCUAUUUCGACUCUUUUCUAUGCUGUCAAAAAUGUUAAACAACAACAAAUAAAAAAAAAAAUAUAGUAUAAUUCCCCAACAAAUCAGUUCAAAAAAAUCGGUUCAAAACGGAUAUUAUUAUUGUGAGUGUUGAAAAGUUUCAUUCGAAAAUCCAUACAUAAUAUUUGCCGUCGGUAAAAAGUAAACGACAAAUGCAUAUAAAUCAUCUGGAUUAGUGUGAUGAAGUGUGAUUAAGUGAUAUUAUUAUAUGUACAUAAAGGAUUACACAAAUCAACAACAACCCAUCACUUGAAAUUGGAUUUCCAAAAUAUUGAAAUACCUACAAGAAAUUAUGAUUACAAAAAAAACAAACAUCUUUAAAUUACUUAAUAUAAAAAACUGAUCUACUGAAUUUUAUUAUAACCUCUGUGCUUAUAAGGAUGGAUGCAUAUACUUUACCAACGUAUUUUCCAUUGGCUUAUUCCGAAUUACAAUAUUUGGCCUCUAGACGUGCAGCAGCUGUAGCAGCAGCUACCACAGCUUUACCUCCUCCACCACCUCCACAGUCAACGUCGGCAGGUGCUGGACAAACUGGACUUUCCCAACCACCACAGCCACAUGACUUCCAUCCAGCUUACAGGAUCCCAGGUUAUAUGGAUCACCUGUAUUCUCUGCAAAGAGCAAGUCCAACACCAUCGUUCCAUGAUAAUUAUCUUCCUAAUUUUGCGCCAUCAUUCCAUUUAACAGGGCUCGGUUUGAACUCAGAUUACUUGGGGUCACGUGGUCCUUUAGGUGAUAUUCAUCCAACCAGUUCGCUGGCUAGUUCAGACUUUCAUUUUAGCAUAGAUGGCUCUAGACACAAUAGCCCUCGACCAGGGAGUAUCCGGGCAAGUAUCAGUCGAAAGAGAGCUCUAUCAUCUUCGCCAUAUUCGGAUUCGUUCGAUAUUAAUUCGAUGAUACGAUUCUCACCCAAUUCGCUGGCGACCAUUGUAAAUGGAUCAAGAAACAGUAGCACCAGUGGAUCGUAUGGUCAUUUGUCAGCAGGAGGUAUAAGUCCUAGUUUGGGAAUACACACCAGUAUGGCACCACACUUACAACAGUUACAAGCACAUCUUCUUCGAGCUGGAGCCGGACUCCUUCACCCGAUCCCUUCGCACCAUACAUCCGGCAGCACUGGAAUGUUUUCUCUUGCCCAUCAUUCCUUGCAGGGAACCGGAAAUACACUUUCAAAGUCCAUUCACUUUGAGGAUAUGUGUUCAAAGAAUCUGGAACAGCCAUCAUCAACAUCCGGGGGAGUUGUACAAGUCGAAGCUGAUAGCGCCUCAAAUGCGUUGGCAGCUUCAGCAGCAUCAAGGCGAUAUCGUUGCAAGCGUGAAUCAAUCCUCACCUCACAUCACAACGAAAACGAUGCUCCGAUUGUUGACACAACAGACAUUAAGGAUGAGCCAGGAGAUUUUAUUGAGACCAAUUGCCAUUGGCGUGAUUGUGGCAUUGAAUUUUCCACUCGCGAAGAGCUCGUCAAGCACAUAAACAAUGACCACAUUCAGGUUAACAAAAAGUCCUUCGUAUGCCGUUGGGAAGAUUGUUCUCGAGAUGAGAAACCAUUCAAGGCUCAGUACAUGCUUGUAGUGCAUAUGCGUCGGCAUACAGGCGAGAAACCACAUAAAUGCACGUUUGAAGGAUGCUGCAAAGCAUAUUCACGUUUGGAAAAUCUCAAAACUCAUCUUCGGUCACAUACUGGAGAGAAACCAUAUACCUGUGAGUAUCCUGGGUGCAGUAAAGCCUUCAGCAAUGCUUCAGAUCGUGCCAAACAUCAAAAUCGAACGCACAGCAAUGAGAAACCAUAUAUUUGCAAAGCCCCAGGCUGUACAAAAAGAUACACGGAUCCGAGUUCUUUGAGAAAGCAUGUCAAAACAGUGCAUGGUGCUGAAUUCUAUGCUAACAAAAAACACAAAGGUUCCUCGAGUGAAGGUGGCAAUGAUGAUGGAUCAAGAAUUGGCACGAGCCACCAUCAAAUUGAUUCAAGUCCGCAUAGUGAUGACAUGCAUUCAGGAAAAACAGCAAGCCUCUCUAGUCCGAGCAUCAAGUCCGAAUCAGAAACAAAUUCACCAGGACAUCCGCCCAUCAACAGCCCCAUGAGUGUAUCCCACCAUGUGCUCAAGGGCAAUGCCGACGAAUAUGAAUGUAUGACAUCCAACACACCUGUCAGUGGUGAUAUAAUGGAGAUGGAAGAUCACCAUAAUUGGCCAUAUGAAGAGGAGGACUUUGAGGUAGCCGAAUUGCCACUUGUUCUACGGGCCAUGGUUGGUAUUGGCGGUGGAGCUGGUGGCGGUAGCGGAGGUGGAGGUAUAUCGACGGUCAGUCCACGUCAUCGUUUCCGAAGCCGACUUCAGUCGAAAGGAAUGAACCCAACCCUAUCCAACAUACCAGAAUUUAAUCGUUGCAGUAUUGGUAUUGGAGAACUGAACCAGAGAAUUACGGACUUAAAAAUGGAACCUGGAACACCAACCAGUACUAUUAUUCCGAAACUCCCACCGCCUCAAAAUCCCAACAUGACUGAAUUGCAAACUCGACUGCAGAACUCCCAGUACUUACCGAAUCCAUUACGUCGAGAUAGUAGCAAUUCGAAUGCGAGCACAUACUACUGCAGCAUGCGUUCCAUCGAUGCUAGUCGACGUAGCAGCCAAAUAUCUCAGCUGUCAUCUAUAUCAACUAUGCGUCCAUCCUAUAAUACCGGGUCAUUCUAUGAUCCAAUAUCGCCGGGAUGUUCCCGUCGUUCUAGUCAAACGUCAGUAGCGCAAACAAAUGGUCAUAGCCUCCCACCGCAACCAUCGUCCCAUUUGAUUUCAUCGCACUUGCAACGCUUGCAAAGCAGCAAUAGUUUUUGUAAUUUUCCAAGCCCCAACGAUCAUCAUGGUCGUUUUUCUAUACCAAAUCUUCCCACGCAAAAUUUCAACAACAUCGAUUCGGCACAAAACUCAAUGGACCGCCGAAGACAAUCUGAACCAACAAUAAACAAGAGCACCGACCGAAUGAUAAUCUCGCCAUCGCAUUCGCUCAUUAUGAAAUCUAUAACGCAGAAAAAUAGUGCCAAAUCCAAGCAGCAGUCUGGCUCAUCGAGAGAUCACCAUCCCAAUGAAGAGGUUAACCUGGACGAAGUCGAAGAAGAUGAAAUGGUUGAAAAUAAGCUCGUCAUACCCGAUGAAAUGCUGCAGUAUUUGAAUCAAGUGGCUGACAAACCUGGCGAUCCAGUCUUUUCACCCAAUCCAGAGCAAAGACAUCGAACGAGCACUCCAUCUAUGUUAACUCAGCCGCAAGAUCCACAACCUAGCAAUGUUGUAAACUGGCCUCCAAAUUCAGCAACCACACCACAAUCCACAGAACCCAUACUGCCGCAACGUUCAUCCACACUGCAUCCACGCAGUUCAUCAAAUUUCCUUGCUUCACAUUCAAGACCCCAUUCACACGAAGCUGCCCCCACAAGUGCCCUCACAAGACCUCAAAUGCAACAACAAGAACCGCCCGCCAUGCUUCGUAUGUACAACAAUCCAGCAGCUUUGGACUGUGGAUCGCAGGCGUAUUGCACCCACUACCAACAGCACCAAGAACCACAACACGUAUGCCAGCCAGGUAGCCAUCAACACAUUUGCAGCCAUCAACAGUUCGCUCGAGCAAACGUUUCACAUUGUAGCCAACAACAACAAGGGCAAUACCCACCACCACCACCGAUGCAACAUCUCCCUUGUAACCAUGUCCCUGGCUACUUCCACAACACAGAUAAUAGUGCUUCCCGCUGCUGUUCCGCUCAUAUCAACAGUCGCCUUACGGACAUGCCAUCUGGCAUAAAUCCAAAUAACUGUUGCGAUUCUUCGAUGAAGAGCCUAUCAUCAGACACAAAGGCUACUAAAUGCAGCUACUUCCACGAAUCACAACACAAGCACCCAGCUGCGGCAGCCGCCAUAUCGCACCAUAAUCGAAUAUAUGGACAUCACUACCCGGUGCCACCGCCAUCGUUACCAUUGGCCUUGCCACAGCCCAAGGAAAUACAAUGCGGUGACAUUAGCCAGUCCCAAAUGUCACCAGCGAUUGCCCCCUCAAUUCCGCCACCACAUUCCGAUGUCAACAUUGUAAAUCCUGCUGUUGGCAACCCUGCUGCAACAACGCCAGCCAGUAUGCCCACUAUCAAAGCAUCAACAUCAGUGCAUGAACCUUCAACUUUCGCUCAACAGCCACCAAUUGAGGCCAGUAACAAUGGAAUGCGGCAAGAAACUUACCAGCGUACUCUUGAAUAUGUACAAAACUGCCAGAACUGGCUUGAGAACACCACUCAAAUUGUUACCAGUUCAACACAUCCAAGUUCAAAUAUGAUCAUCAACGAUAUGACAACAUCGUUAAGUUCUCUUUUAGAAGAGAAUCGUUUUCUUCAAAUGAUUCAGUGAUUUUCUUUUUUUUUUUAUUAAAUUGUCAAUGCAAACAAACUUACCCUUACUCGAAUCUAUUCUUUCAGCAAUAGUUU